AUGUCUACUGGAAGAAUGAGUAUCGCCUUGAACAACUAUCUUCAAUCGAAGGACAUGCUGCCAUCCUUGAGGUGGGAGGAGUCCUCCUCUGGACUCGCCCAUGCCCCCGUGUGGACGUCAAUCUGCAAGAUCGACGAUGAAGUCAUCUCCACUGGGACAGGAUCCCACAAAAACAUUGCCAGAGACGUCGCAGCCGAAGAGGCACUCAGGAUCUUGAGGUCUCGUGACACUUGA